GAGAAUAUUGGUGCCAUUCAAGAUCCCGAGACCCGUCAGAAAUAAUAUUUUACGGGCCGACCUGGACCUUGGACCGGUUCCCGCUGUCUUGAGCGGGACGUCAAAUCAUAUGUGUCUAAGUCUGUGAUUCGCUUGAAGAGAUGAAGGUGAUGCAUAGCAGCUUCUCGCGCACCCAGAGAAGUACUGGAGAUCGCGGUCUCUUGCGACGUCUUGGUUUAAAAGUCGUGUGCCUCAUUUUGGCCGGGAGGUCGCUGUUAUACUGGAAUCAACUUAACCGCGCUUCCAGCUCUGCUUUGGUCUAUGCGAAGCCUGACAAAUCAGCGGCGCCAAAAAAGACCAGAAACCAGAGGACAAAAAAGUCAAGAGCCCAAGGCGAUUUUGUAAACGGCGACAAAAAUAGCACGAGUAAAAGUCACGCUCAAGACGGAGCAGGUCAUGAUGAGGCGAUAAAAACGAAUGAGACCACAGAACAAAAAGCACCAGAUGAAAGGAAGAGCGGGACUAGAAGUAGAAGUCAGGCGUCUUUAACCGAUAAAGAUGCGAAGAUAGGCGGACAAAGUGGAGACCAUCUUCAGCCCAGAGUACGUUGGAAUCAGAAGUCGGAGUCAUUAUAUCUCAGCAUACUAACGCCUGCAUGUGGCGAACCUGGUUCGGAUCCUCUUAUUUCGAAGACGCGAAUAAAGUAUUCGUGCACUACGAAGGAGGGCAAAAGAUACCUGUCAGAAAUUAAGCUAUUGCGGCCAGUGGCACCGCAAACAGCGAAAAUAGUGAAGAAUGCCAACGGCGUGCAGGUAUCGACAUGAAGAAUUUGUGUUGCAUGAUGCUCGAUUAUUGGAUUAAGUAGCUACUAUUUCUUGCGACCACCACCUUCUCUUGAUGAGCAUGAAUAGCUUCAUGACGCCUAAUGAUAACAUAAAUGUUGUGCAUCAUAUUUAUUUCACGACCCGACCCGCGCAUCGAUCCUCCAGGUCUACGUUGACAAAAAACGGAAGGAGCCUUGUUGGCGGUACUUGUUAAAAUCUCGACUGAAUCCUGCAUGGCUUUCGAAGGAUUUCGACCAACUUUCAGCAGAUGAUUGUCAGCUCCACAAAGAGCUGUGGAGGGAAACAUACUUUCGUGAUAAAUACAAACCCAGUGAAGCUGCUGUAAACGCGCCACCAGAUGCAGGCCCAAUUGACAUGGAGCACCAAGUUAAACUCGCGACGUGGAAUACAGCAAUUGCUAGGAUGAGAGCUAGAGCGAAACCAUAUGAUGAGAUCGAAACAUUCACAUUAUGAGCAUGAUAUAAGCGGAGGCUGAUCUGGCCGUUUCGCUAAAUAAGGUUAAAACGAUGAAGUGCUGCUUGUCGAAGGAGGUCCACUGAUUUCUAUAAAGCAACGCAGCACGAGAACGAUC